UAAACCCUAAUAGUGUUCUUCGAUGUAUACAUGCAAAUAUCGAUCGUUGCGCAUCACUGUCCUUUCCUUCUUUCCGGUGUGGCUCGUUGAAUCGGUCAGACAAAAUGGCUGCACAUAAAUCGUUCAGAAUAAAGCAGAAAUUGGCUAAAAAGCUGAAGCAGAACAGAUCGGUUCCGCAAUGGGUUCGCCUACGUACUGGAAACACAAUCCGGUACAACGCUAAGCGUCGUCACUGGAGGCGCACCAAGUUGAAGCUGUAAGCAGCUGAUGUAGACACAUUUAAUCCUGUGG